AUGUGCAGCAGCUAUAACACCCACAGUAGUGGUGGUGGUGGUCGUGGCAGUGACAGUGGUGGCUAUGGUGUUGAUAGUACAUGUUCAAAGAAGGUAAAGAAACAAAAAGUCCCUAAGAGAGGGCCAGGAGUGGCAGAACUAGAGAAGAUCUUGAGAGAUCAAGAGAAGAAAGAUACUAAUUUGGACAAAACCAAGAAUAUUGAAGGGUUCUCUGUAGUUUCCCAAGUUUCAAGUUCUUAUCAAAGACAAUCUCCUAUUCUUCCUUCCCAAAAAUCUCAACCUAAAAAUCUCUCAUCCACUCCUGAUCCUAAUCCUUUUAGUACUCCACCAUCGACAACAUUUUGUGGUAAUUGCAGUAACAACACAUCAUUACAAGUUUGCAGAGGCGGCAAUGGUGGAUCAGGCAUUGUUUUGCAUGAACAUGGCUUUUUACCCACAAUGUGGAAGUCUUGCCAGCCUAAUGUUGAUAUUGGAGGUCCUAGAUUGGCUUCAGGGAUUCCAUUUUCUGUACGUUCAACAAAUGGUCUUAGUCAACUAUUUCCUUCCUCUUCUUGGACACAAAGGAGCCAAUAUUCACCCACUCAAACGCUAAAUUUUUUUCCAGAGUCUGUGGAACCUCCUCCUUCUUCAACAACCCCAUCAUCCGUUGUAAUGUAUCAAGGCAUAGAGCCCCCUUCGAACCAAACAUCAGACCAUCAUUACCAUUCUGUAUGGCCAGAGGAAGAUAAGGCAAAUGAGAAAAUAGGAAGUAAGCGCAAUACAGAUUAUGGAGUAGCUAAAGGCAAUUUCCUCUUAUUUGGCUCUCCAACGAUUCCUUCUCCAUCAUCUCAUUUAUCUCAACAAGAACAGUCCAACUCGAAACAUCCUUUACCUUUCCAAGAAAGCAUCGAGGACUCACCACAUAGGCCAGGACGAGGGAGUGAAUCAAUUUGUAAUAAACCUUCGUUUAGCUUCCUAUUUCCAGUGGAGCAAAAGAGCAAGGAGGAAAUCAACUUUAGCUUAAACAAUGAUGGUAUUGAUCUGGACUUGAGGCUCUAA